UGGUAGAGAAUACUCGGGGUGACGCACGUGAGGCAGCAGAUAGUGUCCCCGCCCUGCCCUGGCUGCUGCCCGAUAACAGAGCAGUGGAUCAACACGGCCGCGGAGACCUUCACCAUCACACCUCGUUUUCGUCACACUAAAGAAUUGUUUUACUUUUUUUACUCACCCUCCGUCUCUGCGUUGUUAACAGUCACGGCGUUAAUGUGGACCAAAACAAUGGUGGAUUAACGGCUUUUGCGCACACAUGUUGGAGAUCUGACCUGCGCUGAAAAGUCAACUCACUCUGGAUAUUCAGCUAAUUACUUUUAUUUUUAUUUCAGUGCAAUAAACUGCGAUGCUCUCGAAGAAGGAGAGAGAGCUCAUUUCAGAAAUAUGGGGAAGACUGACUCCUGUGGCGGAAGAUAUUGGAGCAGAGGCGCUUCUUAGGAUGUUUGCUUCUUUCCCAGGAACCAAGACAUACUUUUCCCAUCUGGACAUCAGCUUUCGCUCCGCUCACCUGCUCUCUCACGGGAAGAAGAUUGUUCUGGCCAUCGCAGAGGGCGCCAAAGACAUCAGCCAGCUGACCGUCACCCUGGCUCCUCUGCAAACUCUGCACGCCUACCAACUCCGGAUUGACCCGACCAACUUCAAGCUCUUCUCACACUGUAUGCUCGUCACCCUCGCAUGUCACAUGGGCGAAGACUUCACACCUACUGCACACGCAGCGAUGGACAAGUACCUGUCGGCUUUCGCAGCCGUGCUCGCCGAGAAAUACAGAUGAGACCGAGGCCGAGCCGCGUGUUUUUAGGAAGUAUACGAAUCCUUUAUGUAUGCAUAGUUGUUAUAAUGCAAUAUUUUCUAAUAAUAAAAAUGUGCAAUUAA